UCCAGCACCCGAUGGAAGACUCAACUAACUAAACUGACGGCCGCAUCCGCGAGCGUUUUCCGGUUGCGUCUCUCCGAAAACUCCGAAUGGAAGAAGAAGUUAAGAGGAGGAAGGGAAAACAUGGCGACCAUGUAAGAUUUGUGCUCGUCUUCGUCCUCUGCAUUUUCAGUUUAAUAACACAACACUGUAACAAUGGGCGCGUGAAGAUAAUGCAAACAAAAACCGCCAGGAGCACAAUUUGUGUCCGGGUGGUUUCAAAGUUUUUUUAAUUCAUAUAAAAUCUGAUGGUCAGAAAGGAAGGCAAAGUAAAAUGUACAUCAAAGGAAUUCGCUGCCCGGUUUGUGCUGAACUCCUGCAGAAAGAUGAAUCCCUUCAUGACCAUCUUAACACGCACCCUAAGGAACAAGUUAUUGAAGCAUUGAUACAACUGAAAGAUGCUUUCAAGGAUACCAUUCCCUCCAGUUCAUCUCAGGGACGAAGUGUUAUUGCAUCUAAUGAGAGUUGUGGAGGCACUGAAGUUGACAGCCCGAGAGAGGUGGAUGAAGUCUCGUUGGCAACUGAUGAAUCUAGUGAAGUAGAUUCAGCAGGAGCCGUUGAUAGUUUGGCUCCUGUAGCAUCUUCUUCAAACCAAACUGUACGUCAUCAAAGUGUACCUGCCACUGCACCAGCUGCUCACUUCAUUCAUGUACCUGUGGUGACAAGUGCUGGUGCUCCUUACAAUGCAACACCAGCCCCUCCUACUCAAGCACCACUGAUGCUCUUCAACCAUUUCAUGUGUCCUACCGAUGAGAGUUCAACAGCAUCAAAUCUCCUGGAGGCAAUUCGUCCAUUGCAGCUUGUAAACAAUGGCUCGAGACCACGAUUCAGUAUUAUUCAAACUCGACCUCAGACCCCACCUCAACCAAGCCCUCAAUGUCUUCCUCGAGUAAAAUCCCAGCCUUCAUCUCGUAUAGUAUUCCUACCCUCAAGUCAAACAUUGCAGCGGCAAGAUGAAAUUGUUUCUCAAGAAGAUGCAACUGAAGCUGUGAGAACUUCAGAUACAGAACAGCUCGUCCAUAGAAGUGAAACUGCUAUUCGAUUGUGUGACCUAACAAAGGAUGAAUAUCACGAUGGAGAGGGUGGCCGCUUGAUUAUUGAUGAAGAGGUUGAGUCCUGUAGUAGCAGUUCCAACGCAACUCAAGAACUGCAAGUUAUUACUGACCAUCCAUCUAGUUCCUUAACUGGACUCCAAACGCCUCUGGAAAAGGAAAUGCUUACCCCUCCCAAGAAGCGAAGAUGUCCAGAAUGGAACGACUUGGGCUCCCCUGGAGCUCAUUCCACAAGCAGUAUAGAAGGUGUUCUAAGAGUCAGAUCGGACCUCAGUAUUUCUCCUUCACCUCUCCCAUGUAUCUCAGAUGCUGAAGAAAAUUCGGAAGAAACGGACUCCUCAUCUAUGAAAAUCAAAAUGGUGCUGCAUGGAGCUACUGUAGAAAAUAAAACCAAGCUUCAUCUGUAUAAUUCAGAGAGAGGCAAGCAUGUGAUUGACAGCGAAGAUCCUCCAAGUGUGAUUGUUGGUGAUGUGUCAGGAAUUCCAAGACACUUGGCUGGAAACAUUGACGCCGAGUUUCGAGAUGAGUGUUCCCUUGGACGGCCAGAUUCUGGACCUUCAUCCCCCCUUAAUAUUCAAACUGAUGAGACAAUGCCACCACGGGGCGAGUUAUCAGAACAAGAAAGUAUCGGAGGAAAUAGUAGCUCUAUGUGGUCUGUGGCGCCUUACCGUACUUACCGAGAAUGGCCUUCUCCAGUUGUUGCAUUUGAUUUGACGGCCAGAGAGAGCUGGCCUGGAUCAGACUUGUCUGAUAGUGAAGACAAUAGCAAUGUUGCAGAAACUGCAAAGUUCUCAACAACACCUUCAUUUUCCAAUACACUGCAUCCGUUCCUUCAGAAAACAUCCUCAGAAACUGAAAGUCUUUUCUCCUCCCACCUCCAUCCACAAAAUCAUAGAGAUAUCCAAGAAAAUGAUAAAAAUGCUAGCUCAGUUUCUAGCAUUGUGAAAAGUCCUAGAAACAAGGCGGUUGACCUUGCCUCUUCAGCAGAAAAAGUCAAGAAGGCCCCACCCAAGCCUCGUCAGUUCAGGUGCAAGGAGUGUCCUGAGAUAUUUAGCUCCCUGAAACUUAGAAGACUCCAUCCCUGUGAUCAGAGGAAGAUUACAACAACUGUAAUGAGAUUGGACACCGAGAUCAAAGGAGCCAAUGAAGGGAACAUCAUAGCUUCCACAUCAUCCUUCCAAGAAGGGGAAACUUUAAUCCCAUUAAAACAAAAGAAAAAAUACCCUCGUAAACCAAAAGCAACAAUCAAGAAUGAAGUAAUAGUGAAAGACCAAGGAUCAUCAAGCUUUGAUGUUCAGUUCCGAAUCAGUAAGACUGAACCUGAAGACACAGCUGAAUCAAAGACUAAUCCGGAAUCCUUGAUAGAUUUGCCGGCAACUACUUCAUAUCAAAGCUCCACAUUUGAAUCCACUUCAUCAGAAACACGUAUAGAUGCAUUAACACAUGGUGUUCUCCCAUAUCAGUGUCAAAAAUGUGGUGAAGUUUACCACAGUGCUAAAGCUCUGUCUCAGCAUUUGACCAACAAGCACAAGGUGUCAAGGUACCAAUGUGCCACUUGUAGUGAAUCAUUUCAAAAGGAACAAGGUUACUUGGAACAUCUUGUUGUUCACCCAUUGGAAUGCCAAUUGUGUGGUAAAACCUUUUUGAGACGAAAAUACUUAUCUCUUCACAUGAAGUGGCACAUGGAAAUAAAGCCUCACAAAUGCCAAUCUUGUGAUAAAUCAUUUGUAACAAGACAGAAAUUAGAUGAGCACAUGAAUACGCACACAGGAAACGCUCCAAUAACGUGCUCUACAUGUGGAAUGGUAUUCAAAAGAUAUUCAAAUCUCAUACAACACCGAAACCGACACCAUCUCAAUUUGAAGCCUAAAAAGAGAGAUUAUGUGUGCCAUUGUGGACAGGUUCUUCCAUCAAAGAAAAAGUUUGAAUGGCACAAAGAAAUACAUGACGAGAAACCAAAGUCUUGCCCUUAUUGUAGUGAUAAGUUUGUUCACACUAUGAGUUUAACUCGCCAUGUUAGGAGAGUUCAUGAUACUCGUUAUGUUCCAAAGAAAGAACGAGAGGGAGAAAAUGUUGAGUGUCCAGUUUGUAACCAGGUGUUUUUGAAAUCAUCUCUUAAUACCCAUUUAAAGAUGCAUUCUUCUUCACAACGGUUUCCUUGCCACAUCUGUGGUAAAGAUUUUACUACCAAGUGGAACUUACAGCUCCAUCGUUGGAUUCAUGCAAGCCGCUCUUCUAGACCUUUUAAAUGUACCCUCUGCAAGGCCGCCUUUGUAAGGAAACAAGAUCACACUUCGCAUAUGAACUCUCAUAGAAGUGUUCGACCAUAUACAUGCAACCAUUGUGGUUGUCAGUUCAUUCGUAAAUAUAACUGUAUUCGACACAUGAGAGAACAUGAAGAAACCAAAAACUUUGCAUGUACUAUUUGCAACAAAACCUUUCAUCGUAAUUAUUACCUGACUGAUCAUAUGAGGACACACAGCAAUACACGGCCAUUUACCUGUCAUAUAUGUGGCAAAGCUAGUACCUGUAAGUCAAAUCAUAACCGACAUCUUCAAAUUCACCAUGCCAGAGAGCCGCAGAAUACGGAAAUUUAAUUUUAACCUAUUUGUAUAGGAUGUUUUAAAAGUAGACAAUUGCUCUGAAACUUGCCUUAUACAGGAAGAUUUUUUUUUUUUAAUCUUCUUUUUUUUGUGAUAUGACUUUUUGAUUGUGGCUGCUGUAAUCCCAAAGCUUGAUCCAAUACCACUGAAGGAUUAAGCUCUUUGUUCCAUCUAAUUAAAUCAAAAUAUUGCUAGGAAAUUCUUCUUUUUUCCUAAAUGAACCUUUAGCUUUUUGACAGUUUUACUCACUGUAGAUAGCAGUAGUGGGCCUGUGUUUUAGGCAUUUAUUCAAUGCCUAUUCUAAUUGUUUCUGAAAGGCAUUCUGCAUUGUGUGUGAUUUGUUCAGAUUGAGUUACAUGCUUUAAGAAGUAAUAAUGGUACUUUUGUACCAGAAAUCUUGUUGGUUUGGACUGUUUUUCUAUUUGGAAUUUAAUGUGUUUGGCUCAGCUCACAAGGGAACACAUUCAGCCCAUGAACCUUGAUUUUGUUCCAAAUUUAAAUUUAUCAUUGACUAGCCUUAAAUUGUAGAUUGAUAAUGCACACCAAAGUUGGUGCUAGGGGAAUUUUCAACCCCUCCCUCCCCAAUGUAAUUGUUUCCUAGCCUAACCUUCCAUCCUUUAGGCAUAGGACAUAAUCAAAGCUUCCUCCUCUCUUCCUCCUUGGUGAUUAUGUAACAUGUGGACAACCCCUAAGUCACACCUUUUCCCAUUUUUUUUUUGAAAUCUUAAAACAGGGUAAAAUGGUACUUGCAAUGCCAUGUCAACAGCAUGCUUUUAGAUAAAUUAAGAAGCUGUAUAAAAGGGGGGUAUGGGCUGGAUAUGUUCCCUUGUCAGUUCUAAAUCGAUUUGUGUAUCAUGUGUCGUUGCCACAGGGUAAUACUUUAAAUUCCUUUUUGUUUAAUUCCCCACGUAUAUUGUGGAGGUAUGUCCUAAAUUGAGCAUAUUUACCAUUUUAUUCUUUCUCACUUCCCGUCCCAAUUUCAUUGAAAUUCAAUGGCUCCUAAUUCAUGCUACAAUUGUAUCACAUUUUAUGCUGUGAUUUAAGUUCUUAUUAUUAUUCAUAAAAAUUUUAGGGUAAGAGCUGUUUUUAUUGUAAAAUGUGAUUAUUUUAGUUGUACAACGAGGAAUUUUAAUUGUGCAUAGUAAAAAUAAGUGUUCAUUUGAAAUUUGAAUCUUGGUGACUACUGUAUGCCCUUGUUAUUUUGUUCCUCAACUUUCAUUGAAACUUCAAGUUAGUUGAUGCAAAAAAUUAUAAAUGUAUUGUGUAUAUUUCUAGCUGCCAGAAAAUGGUGUGUCUGUAUUCUGAAACAAAAACAAACUAAUGUUGAAUUUAUGUGAGGGGCCGUCCAUUAAAUGCGUUUGGAUGAUUUAAGGACUUCGCCCCUCCCUUCUCUCUCCUCUUAACUUUACCAUGUACAGAUCUUCUGGGCUCUUAUGUAUUUAAUGGACGCUCCCUGAAGAGCUGACUACUUAUUGUAUGAAUCCAUAACUGUUUUAAUUGGUCUUUUAAACUUGUUUUGUGUACUGUACAAAAAACAACAUUUAUAUAGAGAUGUUUUGUUAUUUGCGACUUGUACUCUUACAUUAAGGCAAAGUCAUAUUUUGAGAAUAUACAUGCAACCAAUUCUCAAAACUUAAAGCACAUCUUCUUUUAAAAAUAGCAUGUUGAAGAAGAGUUCUUUGGGCUUAAAUUAGUGCUUUUUCCCUAUUGGUCAACUUGCUGUAAUUGAGGAACAUGCAAGUCUUUAAAUUUCAAACUUUAUAGCAGGACAGAAAUGUCGAGAUGGUUGGCUAAAGAGUUACAGAUACACUUAACUGUGCCAAUUUCAGAGCCGUCACAGCGUUUUUUGAUGGCAACAGACUUUCGUGAAUUUUCCGAUGUGGCUUGAGAUGUGGACCAUUUUAAAGCCAUAUUUUCUGUCACUGGUAAAGAAAUUGAGCGGUCGGUAAUAAGAUAGUAAGAUGGGGUACUUAGUUAAAAGUUCAAGUAGUUUCCGACAACAGAAAAUAGUCGUAAGGUCUUUUACAAUAAAGCGUGUUUAGAAGCAUUUGAGCAACCUGUAGCACUGUGUUUUUUGGUGUUAUGGGCUCAGUAUAAUUUAUUUGAAUAUUUAUGUUGUUGUUCCCUUUGUUUUGUGUUAAUUUCUUGAGACGUUUAAAAUGUUCCACCCAGGUCUUGUCAAGAUCUGCUUUGUUUUCAUGUGUGCAAUGCGUGAGGUCUAGGUCGAUUUUAUGUCAUGUACAAAGGUGCGGUGUAAUAUCUAUAAAAGACUGGUAGUUUUUAAACCAUCACAAACUGAGUUAAUAUAGUGCAGACAAAUACAUGCGUUUGGUGGUGUUGGAACCAAAGGCUAAGAAGCACCGUAACUUUGAUCAGCUGAUUUGCAUUUGAAGGGAUCAAUGUUUUCUCUGAAGAAGUGAGUUCAAAAAAUUGUGAUUCUGAUGUCGAUGUCUCCCAAAGUGUAUGGCCUGUCCUGUUUUUAAGGUGCAAGGCACUAUAUAUUUCCAGAGCUGAUAAAAAGUCCCACUUUAUAGUAGAAUGAUGAUCUCUACUAAGUAUUUGCCUGAAUUGAAAACCAAAUCAAUAUUUUUUAAUUUCUUUACUUUCUUCUGAGCUUUUCACAUUUUCUUCUCUGAUUGACAUCAAUUUCACAAGGUCAAGUUAUUUAUAAUUUGUCAUUAUUUUGCUCUGUAUAUUUCUUAGACAAUGAUUGGAAAUUUAAUUUUAGUUGGUAAUUUGACUUUACUACUAUGUAAGAUUUCAUUUUAAGAAAAUAAUAUGUAUAGACAAAAUUGAUUAAAUGUUCUAAUUACAAAAAUA